AUGUACACGUCUGAAGGAUUAGUAUCGUUCUACUCCGGUCUCACGCCUGUACUCCUCGGAUUGACGCACGUAGCUGUGGAAUUGCCUACUUACGAAUAUCUCAAAACUAGAUUCACUGGACAUGGAAUGGGUGAGGGUUCAGGAGAAGCACACUGGUUCGGCAUUCUUUCAGCCUCGAUGUUGUCCAGGAUUUUGGCCAGCAGCGCUACGCUAGGCAAAGGCGGAAUAGUCGACAACCGCAAGUAUCGGGGCAGCGUGAUGACUUUCAGAACUAUCCUUCAAGAGGAAGGAUGGAGGCCUUUGUACGCCGGACUGGGAAGCAACAUGAUGCGAGCUGUGCCCGCCGCCACUGUCACGAUGCUGGCAUACGAAUACAUCAUGCGAUUCCUGUACUGUGCAAAGCAAGAAGGCCAGCCAAAAUCCACGGACACGAAAGUCAAUCAUGAGUAG